AUGGCCGACCGCUACUCCUUCUCCCUCACCACUUUCUCCCCCAGCGGAAAGCUGGUCCAGAUCGAAUAUGCCUUGAAUGCAGUCAACCAGGGCGUGACCGCCCUCGGCAUCAAAGAAAUCCUCCUCGCCGCUCAUCGACCCCCCUCCCUCUCCAAGAUCUCCCUCAUCACCCCCGACAUCGGGAUGGUCUACGCAGGCAUGGGUCCCGACUACCGGGUGCUGGUCGACAAGGCGCGCAAGGUCUCGCACACGGGCUACAAGCGGAUCUAUAACGAGUACCCGCCGACGCGGAUACUAGUACAGGACGUGGCGCGCGUGGUGCAGGAGGCGACGCAGUCUGGUGGCGUGCGGCCGUACGGUGUCAGUCUGCUGGUGGCGGGCUGGGAUGAGGGCGUCGAGCCCGAGACGGCCGAGGGCGUGCAGACCGGCGGCGGUAAAACGGGCGGCAUUCUCAAGGGUGGGCCUAGUCUUUACCAGGUUGAUCCCUCGGGUAGCUACUAUCCCUGGAAGGCGACGGCGAUUGGCAAGCAUGCGACUUCGGCCAAGACGUUCCUUGAGAAGCGGUAUACGGAGGGGCUAGAGCUUGAGGAUGCGAUCCAUAUUGCGCUAUUGACGCUCAAGGAGACCAUCGAGGGCGAGAUGAAUGGGGAUACAAUAGAGAUUGGCAUCGUUGGCCCGCCGGCGGACCACCUACUGGGCUUCAAGGGCGUGGAGGGCGCGCAGGGCCCGCGGUUCAGGAAGUUGACCAAGGAGCAGAUCGAGGACUACCUGACCAACCUAUGA